AUGUCCAGGUGGUCAGAUCAGCGGCCAGCUCGGGAAAACGCGGGGAACGCCACCCGCACCACUCGCGCACCACUCGCGCACGCGCCGCAUGGCGCACGUCGUCCCUCGUAUGCGUGCUCGGGUUGCAGGGUUGCGCCGUCCCUCGUCCCCCCUCGUCACGAGUCCACCGUCGCCGCGCUUCCCCCGUCGCCACGCGUAUCCCCUCGUCGCGCCUCCCCCCUCGACGCGCAUCCUCCCUCGCCGCGCCUCCGCCCUCAUCGCGCGUCUCCCCUUAGUCGCUGCCUCCCGUUGCCUCCAUGUUCCACGCCCUUCGCUCCUCCCUUCGCCCUUACGCCAGUCCCUCACGUCAACGGACGCUCGCUCCGUGAUGUCUCGCCCGUCCCUUCGCGUCUCGCCCGUCGCUUCGCGUCUCGCCCGUCGCAUGGCGUCUCGCCCGUCGCAUGGCGUCUCGCCCGUCGCAUGGCGUCUCGCCCGUCGCAUGGCAUCUCGCCCGUCGCUUGGCGCCUCGCCCGUCGCUUGGCGUGUCGCCCGUCGCUUGGCGCCUCGCCCGUCGCUUGGCGCCUCGCCCGUCGCUUGGCGUGUCGCCCGUCGCAUGGCGUCUCGCCCGUCGCUUGGCAUCUCGCCCGUCGCUUGGCGCCUCGCCUGUCGCUUGGCGCCUCGCCCGUCGCUUGGCGUGUCGCCCAUGACAUGGCGUAUCGCCCGUCGCUUGGCGUAUCGCCCGUCGCUUCGCGUCUCGCCAGUCUUGCUCGCGCUGACGUGCGAUACUUCCGCGCGUCCCCUCGUCGCGCGCCUCCCAUCUCCACUCGCCUACCAUCCUCGCGCGUCCCACUGGCGUCGCGCGUCGCUGUCGUCCCCCCGUUCAGCUCCAUUCGACGCAAGACGCUUCCUUUCCCUAAUCGAGCAUUGAUGCGCCGUUCCCCUCCUUCAGUCGUAGCCGUUGCAUCGUCGCUGCCUCCCGUCGUCGCGCGACCCACUGUCGUCGCCUGUCUCGCUCGCGCUGCCGCGGGAUGA